UGUGUGUGUGUGUGUGUGUGUGUGUGUGUGUGUGUAGAGAACAGUUAAAGCAUGGCUCUGCUGCUGCACACAGCCUCUGAGAAUCACAGGAGACUUUUCUUUUCUCAGCUCAUGGAAGCAGUUCAGGAUGGAGCUGAAAUGAUGCAAACAUUAACCUUAAGGACCCUCUGUCUGGAUCUGGUUCUGCCCUGUGUUUGGACCUCCUGGAAUGAAUCCAUAAAGAACCUGAGGGACUGACAGAAGGAGCAGAUCCUCAGCUGCUGAAACUCUGGUCCAUGUUGAACAUUUAACUGCUGUCUGUUGUGAAAUGAGUGGAAACUGUGUGAGUGAGGUGUGGUGGCGUUCCUAUGAUGGACGGACCCUCUGAUGGACGUACGCUCUGAUGGACGGACCUUCUGAUGGAUGGACCCUCUGAUGGAUGGACCCUCUGAUAGACUGACCCUCUGAUGGACUAACCCUUUGAUCGGCGGACCCUGUGAUGGAUGAACCCUCUGAUGGACGGACCCUCUAAUGGACGGACCCUCUGAUGGACUGACCCUCUGACCAACGGCACCAUGACCAACAACCUGAGCUCCAGGAUCGACACCCCGACCAACAUCUCCCUGAGCGCGGUCAUUUCCGACUCUCUGGAGUACAAAACGGUGUCGGUGUUCCUGGUCCUGCUGGUGUGCGGCGUCGGCAUCGUGGGAAACAUCAUGGUGGUCCUGGUGGUCUUCACCACGCGCCACAUGAGGACGCCCACCAACUGUUACCUGGUGAGCCUGGCCUUCGCCGACCUGACAGUCCUGGUGGCGGCGGGCCUUCCCAACGUGUCCGACAGCCUGACGGGGACCUGGAUCUAUGGACACGCCGGGUGUCUGGGGAUCACCUACCUGCAGUACCUGGGCAUCAACGUGUCCUCGUGCUCCAUCACUGCCUUCACCGUGGAGAGGUACAUCGCUAUCUGCCAUCCCAUCAAGGCCCAGACUGUGUGCACCGUGUCCCGGGCCAAACGGAUCAUCACCGGGGUCUGGAUCUUCACCUGCGUCUACUGCAUGCUGUGGUUCUUCCUGGUGGACAUCCAGGUGGGUCCAGACGGACAUGUGCAGUGUGGAUACAAGGUGAAGCGGGACCUAUACCUGCCCAUCUACCUCAUCGACUUCACUAUCUUCUACGUCAUACCGCUGCUCCUUGCCAUCGUGCUGUAUGCCCUGAUAGCACGAGUCCUCUACCUCAGCCCACUGCCCCCCCACCCUGAUGCUACCACACUGCGAAGGAGCUGCCGGGACUCCUCGGAGGCUGGGAGGACUGGUCGUCAGGGUCGGCCAAAGACUGCAGCGUCCUCCAGGAAACAG